AUGUCAAGAGGUGAAUGUGUUGGUGAGAUACCUGUGCGUUACCAUGGUGAUGUGUGGAAUAUCAGUCGAUGUGAGUACUGUGUGUGUAAAAAUGGCCGACGUGAAUGUCACCUAGCAACAUGUCCACAUAUUACGUGUAAAGGGGUAAGUUGUGAUUCAAUGUGUGAGAAUUGUAAUGAAGUUGCUGAUUGUACCAAAUGUUACUCACCGUAUCAAGUUUAUCAAGGUCAAUGUGUACAAGAUUGUGGAGUGAGGAUGUAUCCAAGUUAUCAAGGUCGUUGCCAAGAUGAGGUAGUCCUACGAGCCAUGGAUGGACAGUUUUACAGUAAUGAACUUCGUCUUCCGAUCCACGUUAUCUCAUCUCAACCAGUAAGUGUGUCUGUAAAUAAACCCUUACUAGCGGCUAGUAGUGGACAGACCAUCAUCACCACGGAAACACUAGAUAUACAAUCAGACGCUGAUCCAAGAACAGUAACUCUACAGGUUAUUCAAGGUCCAUUAUCAGGUCAACUUGUCAAUUCACAAACUAGGCAACCAAUCAGAAGUUUUACUAUGGAAGAUUUGUAUAUUGGAGGCGUGGCUUAUGAUAAUUCAGCCAAUACAAGCGUGGGAUCUGAUAUGAUGAUUUUACAAGUGACAGACGGACAACUACCAUUGAAUAUAAUUACAGAAAUAAAUAUACGAGACAGUAAAGAGCCUGUUAUUAUUAACAAUGCUGGAGGCCAUGUUGUACGAGGGGACAGCCUUCAGAUCACGUCAGACAUGUUGAAGAUUCGAGCAAUGGAUAUCGAGAAUGCUGGAUCUAAUGAUAUCAUCUAUACGCUGGUGCCUUCUACCAGUAAUCCAAUACACGGAGAAAUAUUAAUGGUUGUACCAAUACCAGUAACAGGUGCGGGACGAGGAUGGCGUAACCUUGGUGAUGGAACAAUGGCUGCCAGGAUGUAUCGUUUCUUACAACGUGAUGUUAACGAAGGAAGGAUAUGGUACAAGCACGAUGGCAAGAAUUCACAGUCUGAUGUUUUCACUUUUGAGGUAGCAGAUAUGUCAAAGCCUCCAAAUGUCAUAAAAGACCUGAUGUUCAAGAUAACAGUACUGGAUGAUGUUUAUGAAGAAUUGGCGGCCCCAACUAUUUCUCCAGGUGUUCGACUAGGAAUGACGAAACCAACAGAAAUCAUCUACUCUAUUACGACCUUAUUAGGAGAUGAUGAGGGAACGGUUGAACAUAUUGAAGUUCCAUUUAAACCUGUUCUUCGCUUUACACAGGAUGAUGUCGACAAUAAUCGCAUUAUUUAUCGACCACCUUUAUAUGGCUGA